CCUACAAGCCCCAAGUUUGGAAAGGCUGAUUCCUAUGAGAAGCUGGAGAAACUGGGAGAGGGUUCAUAUGCUACAGUUUACAAAGGAAAGAGCAAGGUGAAUGGGAAACUGGUAGCUCUGAAGGUGAUUCGUCUGCAAGAGGAGGAAGGGACGCCCUUCACGGCCAUACGAGAAGCAUCUCUUCUGAAAGGCCUGAAGCAUUCCAACAUUGUGCUCCUCCAUGACAUCAUCCACACCAAGGAAACCCUGACUCUGGUCUUCGAAUAUGUGCACACAGACCUGUGUCAGUACAUGGACAAACACCCUGGAGGUCUCCAUCCAGACAAUGUGAAGCUGUUCCUGUUCCAGUUACUGAGAGGCCUGUCCUACAUCCACCAGAGGUACAUCCUUCACCGCGACCUGAAACCACAGAACCUGCUCAUCGGCGACACUGGAGAGCUGAAACUUGCUGACUUCGGUGAGUAGGCUGGAUGCUGAUGCUCUUUUUUUUCUGUGUAUCUGUUACAUGUAAGAGUGAAUAUCCCCUCUGUUCUACAGUUCUGAUAUCAUGUCAAAGGAAGCAGCGUGAUGAUAACACAAUCUCUGUUGAACUUCUCAGUACUCAUAUGGAGCCAUUUUGAUCAGAAUAAAUUGGCAUUUAUUGUUGUCAUUGUGUUUUUACAUCAGAAUCAAGUUGUAUUCUUAGUUAUUUUUUAUUUCUUAUUCAUCAGAUAUUUUAUAUUAUAUUUUAUAUUUUAUACACCACCGUAGCUUUAAAGAAACAGUGAAGUCCAGUGUUCUAAUCCUGUGUUCCUGUGUAAAUUGUUUAGUCAUCUCUUGCUCAAUAUCUUUUUUUGUAUCAAAAUCACUCUCGUUUCUCAAUUAAUUAUUUUUUGCAAUUACUUUUAGCCCAGUUGCCUGGAAAAGAAUGUUGGCAAUGUAUGUUUUUGUGCAAACCACGGAUACGUUGAAGGUUUAUUGGAUUUCAGCUGGCAAAAACAUUGUUUUCAUUUCCAUCCUCCUGAUCUAACAAAGCAGGUGAGGGUGAAGAGUUGUCUGCAGAUCCGUUUCUUGCUGCGCAUACAUAACAGGAUCACUUGAAGUGGACCAAUCUUUCAUCAUCUAUGUCUGUCAUGCAACUUGUGAACGAACCCAAGGCAGAUUAUUGAAAGUUGUGUCCAGCAUGUAGUCCGCCAUGUUCUAAGCAUCUACGAGGCAUCAAAAUCACCUCAAAGACACAGAUAUCGUGCUGACUGAUCCCAGAAUAAUGGGAUUCUUGGAGAAAGACCUGCCGUUUUGAAUGGCUUUUGUUGUACUGUUUGGCCCGUUUUUAUGAUCUGUUGGUCCAACCAUCUGUCCAACACUUUGGCCAAGAUGACAAAGUCUUGACAAUAAGGUGACCCCUUGACCUUUUAUUCACUUUGUCUUUCAUCGCAUGCCAGAAUUCCCACAUGUAUGCAAGACAUCAAAAUCAAUCAAAUCUAUUUUGUGUAGUGUUAGGAACCCCUCCUGAAGUGGCACCAUAUGGCUUGGAUCCAUGCAAUGUAAACACCGCCUACGUGGCCUGUCUGGCAUCAUUAGGAGCCAGACUAACUGGCAAUCCAGCCUUCUGUUCCAUCCAUCCAUCCAUCCAUCCAUCCAUACACAUCUAUCCAGUUUCAUAUCCCUUUUUCUAUUUCCUACCUGAUUCCUAACUCCCUCAGACCUUCCCUCCCCUUUACCAUCCAUCUCCUUACCCCUUCAUCCCUCUGCUAAGAUAGACUGGGGGAGGGAGAAGGUGGCAGCUUCAUCAAUAAUGCAAACCAUGUAUUGGUUCGGAAACAUUACUGCAACGGGAAUGAGAAGGAGAACAUAAUGGACAAAAUACCAAAUGAGCAAGAAUGAAAGUCCCUGGUCUAUUAGUCUGUCACUGGAACUCAUCAACAAACAUGCACAAAACACAGAAUCAGCCUUUGCCUGAGGGAUGCCAGAUGAGGAAGGUGUGUGUGUGUGUGUGUGUGUGUGUGUGUGUGUGUGUGUGUGUGAGAGAGAGAGAGAGAGAGAUUGUGUGGCUGCCAGGGCUCCCUGUGGUCCCGGGCCUUGGCAGCAGGAAUACUAACGGCCGACAGCUGAGGCCUGUGGCGCUGGUUGGGGUAAAUGAGAGAGAUGAAGGGCGAGUGUCAACAGAGGAGGGGCUGAGAGGUACAAUAAGAGGUGGCAGAACACAAGCUGUGCAGUGAAAUGAUGGAGUGUACAAAGAGGAAUAGAUAAGGGUUGGCUGUAAUGAAGACAUUUAUUAAGAUGGGUUAUGGGUGAACUGGAAAAUGAAAGUAGAUUAUAUUAGAUUAAAUAAAACUUAGUUUUCCCAGUCCUUGAUUUUCUUUCGUCCUUUGGCGCUCAUCAGUGCUUUUUCUUUGGCAGUAGGAGACUUUUCCCAUCCACCUCCUUAU